AUGGACGACGACCUGUUUGUAGAACUCUCUCCUGAUGCCAUUCGCAGUGCUGACGAAGCCUUGGCUGCGUUCCUCGCAUCUUGCAAAGAUUCGGACCAGAAGGAAGACAAAUUGCAGUUGGACAGUCCCAUCACGAUGUUUAUCAAGGGAGAGUACGAGUCCCCCACCGGCGUUAUGACUUCACCCAUGAAAUACUGCCGUUUCGACACUUCCACAAAGAAGCUUUCCAAGGAAACCAGCGAUAAGAAAGCUCCAGCUGGAAUGGAUGCAGCGAAGGCAGAAUUUGGGGACGAUGUAGCCACAAAGAGAAAGCUGACGCCAACAAAAAAGCAGCAGCCUGUCCCCUUUUCCAAAGGCACUAAGAGCCCCCCGUUGAAAAGGUCGUCUGUACCAGCUGGUGAUGGACAGUACGUGCAGAACGGGACCUUUGCUAUUGGAAGGAAUCGUCCGAAGAAGCCCAUUCCUGCAGACGCGGUGAUUCUUACUGUUGACACCGACAGCGAUGAUGAAAAAGAUAGGAAGGUACCCGCAGUUAACAAAGAAGUUCACAUCAAGAAGGAACCGAAAGAGGAAAAGAAAGUACAGCAUCAUGGAAAGAAAAUCAUCGUUGACGCGAACAACAAAACAACAGUCACCGGAGGGUAUGAAGACUGGCAAGUUCGUGCCAUCAAGAAAGAGCGAGCCCAGGUCUACAAGGACUUUGUAUUGAAGUCGCCUUCACCUCCCCCCGACAGCUGCUCUUUUUUAGAUGUUGCGAGACUCCAGCAAUCUGGCCGUACUGUAAAGAGUGCUGCUGUAGUCUCGAAGGUGGUAGGUUCUGUCCAGACUGCUGCGAGUGCGGCCUACCCUGGUGCCAAGCCUGCAACGAAGAACCCGUCUUCUGCCACUGCCGGUCCAGCUACUGCCAAGCAUGCACCCAUUAGAGUUCCUCGUAACAGGCGUGUCUCCAAGAAACGUUCUGACAUGGACAUUGCCCUCUCUUCUUCCUCCAGCGAGAGUGAAGACAGUUCCGAUGACGGAUUCAUGGACGAUCUCGAGGAAGCAGAGAAAGAGAAACUGGAGAGCAUGGGGCCCUAUUUCAGGGCCGUGUACUUGAAAGAGCUAAAAGAAAGUCGCAAUCUCGAAGAGCAAGCUGAAAAGUUGAAAAGCAAGUUUGUCCGGUACAGCAAAGCCCCUGUCUACAACAGCUCCAAGGAAAACGUCGUCCCCAAGAACUAUCUGGCCCGUAAGAAGAAAGAAUGGAAAAAGAAAGAGGCCGAUGCUCAUGAACGUCACUUGCUUGCAAAAGAGGAGGAAAAGAAAGUUGUCGAAGAAGAGAAGAAAAAGAACAAGAACAACAAGAAGAAGAAGGGGCGCUCAAAGUCACUUGGUCCCUCCUUGAAGUUGGGCGAACUGCCACAGUUCUGGACGUCUGAGAGCAUGUUUCACGCGAGAUCCAUUGGAAAUCCUGGUGCUAAAGGUGUGCACUCCACCCUUGUUGACGGGGGCAUUACCACACCCGACUACAGAAUUCCAGCAUUGAGGCUUAAGUCUAGUGACCGUUGUUGA